GUUUAUAUUUUUGUUUUGUGUUUAGUUGUUUCCUGCAGUGAAAAGUCUGCUGUCGUUUUUGUUGUUUUUCUGGUAGAACUAUGUUCGAGGCCUUUCUCUUUUAUUUUGGACUUCUCCCCACAGUGAAAGACUGAGGAAAUGCGAAGUUUCAACAAAGAAUGUUUGAUAUGAAAAUUCCUGUUCGACCUGCACCACUUCCACCCAACAGUAACCGGAAUAUGAGCCUCAAUUACAGCACUAGUACCUUGGACAGUUGGGAUGAUGGCAAUGAUCCAUUCUCCAACCUGACAUUCUCAAAUAGGCCUUCAUCACUACAUUUGAGUCGACUGCCUGGGGCGAAAAAGAAGCCACCUCCACGUCCACCACCACCCAAGUUUGCUCAAAAUAACCAACGAAAACAGGUACAUACUCGACCUGCCCCCCUUCUGUCUGGGCUAUUUACACGAAAUGCAUCAUCACGCACAACUCAUUCUCAGUGUAGCAUUUUGACACAACAGAAGAGUCUGCAGAAGGAGAGUCAAGCAACUGUAGCAACUGCACCACUGAUUGAUUUCCACUCACCUUCCUGCUCCCCAACUCCAACAACGCGUUCUAGCAGUGAUGGACUCAGUGUGAACAGCUUUGGAAGUGACGGCUCUGUGUCAAAUGGUGGGCAGACUCCAUAUGGAGGAAGCUCCUCGCAGUUUGAAAGUGGAUUUGAGGAUGAUUUUGAUUUUUUUGGAGGGCUGUCCAGCUCAUCUAGCUUCGGUACUGCAGUAGAUGAGCAAAAAGAUCCAUGGAGCCUAGUCAAGCCACAAGAUCCAUUUUCACCACCAAGGCAACAGAAUGUUUCUGUGGCUAGUGCAUCAGUUCAACAAGUUGUUGGAAGCUCUGCAUUUUACAGACAGAGCAGCGAUAGCUUGUCAGGUGCAGUGAGACCCUCCACUAUUACAUCCCUGCCAACAAUAAUUCGAGCAAGACCGGGAAGACAUCCUACAUUACCGAAGUUGAGUGAGGCAUCCGGUGACCAGUCAUUGAUUCCAUUUGAAGCCAGAAGUAAAGACCCUUCUAAUUUAGUGCCUAAUGGAGAUUCUGAUGAUGACAUAGGUAACUGGUCACCACCAAUGCCAUCCAUUCCACCGCCACCUCCGCCACCUGAAGCGCUGCAGGAGUUGGAAUUUGAUGGUCCAUCACCAGAACUGCCACCACGGCCAGUCCAGUUGCAGGUAGAAAGAUUUCAGAAGCCAUAUGGAAUUGCCCUGUAUGAUUAUCCUGCCACACAUCCUGACGAUCUCUCAUUUGAGGCCAAUGACACCAUCUUCAUUCUUCGCCAGAUAAAUUCUGAUUGGUUAUAUGGUCAAGUUGGUCAGAACCAGGGAAUGUUUCCAACCAGCUUUAUUAAAGUAAUAGUUCCCCUGAAUGACACCAGAGGCAGUGCCAAUCAACAAAGCCAGCAAACUGUGAGAGCCUUGUACUCAUUUGCUGCUGAAACAUGGGAAGAUUUAGAAUUACAGGAAGGGGCAUCUGUCUAUGUUAUAAGCAGAAUAAAUGAUGACUGGUUAUAUGGAGAGAGUAAUGGAAAGUAUGGACAGUUCCCAGCUUCAUUUGUGGAUCACAUUCCGUCCAUCUUACCUCAACAUACCAACUAAUUAGGAGAUUUUCUGUACAACAAAGACAAAUGGAACAGUGGUGCAAGUAGAACUGAAUACUAUUGUGUGAAUAUAAAUUAAAUUAUUUUAUUAUUUAGAAUGUUCUAUAUACUAAGCUAUAUUUUGUGAUACUCAUUUUUCUUCAUAUGCAGUUUGACUUCCUCAUAUUGAGAAUUGUGAUAUCAGGUAUUAAAACACUAUUACUGAUGCUAAAUGAAGGAUUAUUCACCUGCUGAUUUGGCAGUGUUUCUUCAGGAGAUACGAAAAUAAUUUUGAAUUGUAGAACAUUUUAUUGAGGUACCUUGCCUAACAUUUUAUGCCAGAUAUUCUGACAUAAAUACUAGCUGUAUACCGUGCACAUGGGCCUUUUUUUUUGUUGUUGCUUAAUUCAGUACGACACAGCUUUAAAGUUAGUGUAGCGCUUAUUUUUAUGAUAGACUUUUACUUGUAUUAGUGUAGUGCUGUUUAUUUUUGCUUCAAGCCUCUAAUGACAAAAUCUGAUGAAAGAAAACAGUUCAUCUUGUAGUAAUUAUCUCAGAAAUGCAAUGCUGCAUAUCAGUUUAGCUGUCAAGCAGUUCACUUUCAGUACUGAAUAAUGUGGAAUGCCAUCACUAAGAAAGGUCAGUAUUCUGAAAUUAAAUAUCAGGGUGGAAGCCCACAUUCUUGCAGUAUUAUGUGAUUAUUUUCAGCAUUCUUACAACAGUAAAUAGUGAUAUAUGAAUAGAAAAUGUUAAUUGACAUUGUAUAUACAUUUUCAAGUGUUUUGUUUAAUUGCUGACAUUUCUUCACCAUGCUACAUCAUCUUUAGUGUAAUUUGAAAAGUUUACUUCUUUCGUCUCUACAACGAUUCGGGGAACUCUGUUUCAGUGCCAUUUAAUUUCAAAUGUUUUUGGUGUAUUUUUUUUAUUGCUAGUGGGGUGGGACUGAGUCCCUU